GCAAAGUGUUCGGAAAUGGUUAAUGGUUGCUUUGGCUCAACUCCAUCUCUCACUAGAAUUCAGCGUCUCUUUCUAUCUCUCUCUAAAAUUGUUGCUUAUUUAGUUCUUUUUUGCGAAUAUCAUGUUGGUGGUGGUGGUGGUGGUGGCUGCAGUGGAGUGGGGUGGUUGAUACGAGAGGGAGACAUGGGGGCGUGCGUAUCCACGCCUCAGGGGUGCGUGGGGGGGAGAACGAGGUCGUCCAAGAACAAGACCCGGAGGAGGCGGAGAGCUGGAGUGCUGAAACGAAGAGUACCUUCUCGGUUGUCCGAAGGAUCAUCGGACAAGGUUGAUAGGCUCCCAACAUCCGAUCUCUCUUGCACCAACCCCUCUUUCCAAGGAAGUACUGACGAGGCGUGGUUUGAUCCUGUAGCAAUUUUUGAGUCCGAUUGUGAUGAAGAUUACCAAAGUGUUCCAGAUGAUAUUUUAUCUCUGAGUAGCUUUGACGGUGUAUCCAGAUCAAGUAUUUCAUCAGUGAGAGAUGCCAAUCAUGGAGACUAUAAUGUCAAUCAAGCCUCCUCCACCAGUCAUGUGCUGAAACCAGGGAAUUUGUCAACAAGGAACUCUUUACGCAACUCUGUUAAUGAGGUUUCUAGAACAACAAAUGUUCAGGCCUUGAAUACAGAUGAUGGUAAUUCACAAUUCAAAUGUGAUUCAACUUUAAAUGAAGCAAACCAACCUGUGUCCCUCAAUGAAAUCUCCUCAUCUAUGGAUGGAAGUUCUGGAAGGGAGGAAGCAAUGUUGUAUAACUGUGGGAUUCUCCCAAGCAACUGUUUACCUUGUCUUCCAUCCACCGUUCCUUCUGUUGAAAAGAGAAGUUCAAUGAGCUCUAGUCCACCAAGUUCAAGAAAAAGGGGUGCCUUGAAACUUCCCUUCAAAUGGAAGGACGGCAAUAUUGAUGGCACUCUAUUUUCGUCAAGAAUGCUGCUGCAAAGACCAAGAGCAGGUUCCCAAGUACCAUUUUGCCCAAUAGAAAAGAAGAUGCUUGAUAGCUGGUCACCUAUUGAGCCUGGUACUUUCAAAGUUCGGGGUGUGAAUUAUUUUAGGGACAAGAAGAAGGAUUUUGCUCCUAAUAAUGCAGCAUAUUAUCCCUUUGGUGUUGAUGUGUUCUUAUCUCAGCGGAAAAUAGAUCAUUUAGCUCGUUUCGUGGAACUCCCUGUCAUUAAUUCUUCCGGAGACCUCCCACCUAUCCUCAUUGUAAAUGUACAGGUUCCAUUGUACCCUGCCACACUGUUUCAGGGUGAAACGGAUGGAGAGGGAAUGAGUUUUGUUUUGUACUUUAAACUUUCUGACAGUUACUCCAAAGAGCUUCCAUCCAAAUUUCGAGAAAAUAUCAGAAGGUUAAUAGAUGAUGAAGUUGAAAGGGUGAAAGGUUUUCCUCUAGAUACAAAUGUACACUUUCGGGAAAGGCUGAAGAUACUAGGUCGUGUCGUAAACAUGGAAGAUCUUCAUUUGAGUGCACCAGAGCGUACAAUUAUGCAAGCUUACAAUGAAAAACCUGUUCUUUCACGUCCUCAACAUGAGUUCUACGCGGGAGAAAAUUACUUAGAGAUUGAUAUAGAUAUGCACAGAUUCAGUUAUAUCUCAAGGAAAGGGUUUGAGGCAUUCCUAGACAGACUAAAGCUUUGCAUCCUGGAUGUUGGCCUCACAAUUCAGGGAAACAAAGCUGAAGAGUUGCCAGAGCAAGUCCUAUGUUGUAUACGGCUAAAUGGAAUUGACUACAUGAAUUACCAGCAACUGGGGAUUGAUCAAUAGCCCAUUUAUAGUUCCAACCAAGUACUUUUAACAGUAUAAGGCUUACAGUUAAAAAUUAACGAAGGUUAAUUUCUGAGAAAUUUCUGCUGCAUGUUGUUGUGUGAACUUGUAUAUUCUUUUGCAUCUGCAACAAAUGAAGGCAACAACUGUGAAUGACUCACAUGCGUUACAAUUUUCAUAAAUGGCAAAUUGGAAGAUGUUUUGUAUCUA